CUGCCCGCAGCCCGUGUGCGGAGCCUGGUGUUCACCCCUCACCUCUAGCAACAGGUACCUCGUGCCCGGUCCUGCUCUGCAAACGGCUGGCACUCCAGCAACCAGUGGCAGCUUUUCCAUUCCCAGGUGGGGGGGUGUGAGCAGGGGCAAGAGUGGGGGAGAAGGCAGACGACACAGAAGAGUGUCCGUGAAACUGGGUGUCCCGGAGAAGCAGAGGAAAGUUCUCUCGUCUGUGUCCAAGCUGACUUUCCCUCCCUCUCUUCAUCCUGUUGCUCAGAGGGGAGAACAGUACCUGUCGGGACCGGACGGGCAUCCACGACCAGCAUCUGCAGGGUGAUUUUUUUUUUUUUCCUUUCCCAGAAACAGCAGCAGCAGCAGGUUCUGGAAGCUGCCAGAGCCCCAGCUCUGAUCCACCGGCCUGUUAGCAAUGAACGCUUCGUGCUGCCUACUGUCUGCUCAGCCGACGCUGCCCAACAGCUCGGAGCACCUCGCAGCCGCGUCCUUCGGCAACCAGAGCGGCAGCGGCUUCUGCGAGCAGGUCUUCAUCAAGCCCGAAGUCUUCCUGGCGCUGGGCAUCGUCAGCCUGCUGGAAAACAUCCUGGUCAUCCUGGCCGUGGCCAGGAACGGCAACCUGCACUCCCCCAUGUACUUCUUCCUCUGCAGCCUGGCGGUGGCCGACAUGCUGGUGAGCGUGUCCAACGCCCUGGAGACCGUCAUGAUCGCCAUCGUCAACAGCAACUACCUGACCUUCGAGGACCGGUUCGUCCAGCACAUGGACAACGUCUUCGACUCCAUGAUCUGCAUCUCCCUGGUGGCCUCCAUCUGCAACCUCCUGGCCAUCGCCGUGGACAGGUACGUCACCAUCUUCUACGCGCUGCGCUACCACAGCAUCAUGACCGUGCGCAAGGCCCUGGCCUGGAUCGUGGCCAUCUGGGUGUGCUGCGGCGUGUGCGGCGUGGUGUUCAUCGUCUACUCCGAGAGCAAGAUGGUCAUCGUGUGCCUCAUCACCAUGUUCUUCGCCAUGCUGCUCCUCAUGGGCACCCUCUACGUGCACAUGUUCCUCUUCGCCCGGCUGCACGUCCAGCGCAUCGCGGCGCUGCCACCUGCCGACGGGGUGGCCCCGCAGCAGCACUCGUGCAUGAAGGGGGCUGUCACCAUCACCAUCCUGCUGGGGGUAUUCAUCUUCUGCUGGGCCCCCUUCUUCCUGCACCUCGUCCUCAUCAUAACCUGCCCCACCAACCCCUACUGCGUCUGCUACACGGCCCACUUCAACACCUACCUGGUCCUCAUCAUGUGCAACUCCAUCAUCGACCCCCUCAUCUACGCCUUCCGGAGCCUAGAGCUACGUAACACCUUCAAGGAGAUCCUCUGCAGCUGCAACGGCAUGAACCUGGGGUAGGGCGCCGGGACCACGGGAGCGGGCGUCGGCUCUGUCACUGGGGACCCUCCAACCAGCCAAGGUGUUUAGAAAACAGAAGAGGCGGUAGAGACAUCCUUGCAAGACUUAAAAUAUGUCAACAGCCAUGACAGUCCGUGUCUUUUGUCUUUGUGCUUGCAAAGCCUUUUGACGGAGAAAAUGGUACAUAACAGGCUUUCUCGAAGGAUUCUGAAGGGGGUAAGUCACUGAUUUCCCAAAGAGGCCCUGGCGGGACUCAGUGAGGGCUG